AUGAUUUCCAACGCAGCUCUCAUCGCCGCUCUGACGGCCCUUCUGCCCAGCACCGCCCUGGCGCAAAACAACCAGACAUACGCAAACUACUCCUCUCAGGGCCAGCCUGAUCUCUUCCCCCAGACGGUCGCCACGCUCGAGCUGUCGUUCCCCGACUGUGACCACGGCCCGCUCAAGAACAACCUCGUCUGUGACAGCACGGCCGGCUAUGUCGAGCGAGCACAGGCGCUGAUUUCGCUCUUCACGCUCGAGGAGUUGAUUCUCAACACCCAGAACUCGGGUCCCGGUGUUCCUCGCCUGGGCCUUCCCAACUACCAGGUCUGGAAUGAGGCUCUCCACGGCCUGGACCGCGCCAACUUUGCCACAAAGGGCGGCGAAUUCGAAUGGGGAACCUCUUUCCCCAUGCCGAUUCUGUCAAUGGCCGCUCUCAACCGCACAUUGAUCCACCAGAUUGCAGACAUCAUCUCAACCCAGGCCCGUGCCUUUAGCAACAACGGCCGCUACGGUCUUGAUGUCUACGCCCCCAACAUCAACGGCUUCCGAAGCCCUCUCUGGGGCCGUGGCCAGGAGACGCCCGGCGAAGACGCAAACGUGCUGACGUCUGCCUACACCUACGAGUACAUCACCGGUAUGCAGGGCGGCGUCGACCCUGAGAACCUCAAGAUUGCCGCCACCGCGAAGCACUUUGCCGGAUACGAUCUUGAAAACUACAACAACCAGUCUCGCCUGGGCUUCGACGCCAUCAUCACCCAGCAGGACCUCUCCGAGUACUACACCCCUCAGUUCCUCGCUGCAUCGCGUUACGCAAAGUCCCACAGCUUCAUGUGCGCCUACAACUCAGUCAACGGCGUUCCCAGCUGCUCAAACAGCUUCUUCCUCCAGACUCUCCUCAGAGAGAGCUGGGGCUUCCCCGAGUACGGCUACGUCUCAUCCGACUGUGAUGCCAUCUACAACGUGUGGAACCCCCACAACUACGCCAACAGCCAGUCAUCCGCCGCCGCCGACAGCUUGAAGGCCGGUACCGAUAUUGACUGUGGCCAGACCUACCCUUGGCACCUGAAUGAGUCCUUUGUGGCCGGCACCGUCUCCCGCGGCGAAAUUGAGCGCUCCGUCACUCGGCUGUACGCCAACCUGGUCCGUCUCGGAUACUUUGACAAGAAGAACGAGUACCGCAGCCUCGGCUGGAAGGACGUUGUCAAGACCGAUGCCUGGAACAUCUCCUACGAAGCCGCCGUCGAGGGCAUCGUGCUGCUCAAGAACGACGGCACUCUGCCCCUGUCCAAGAAGGUCCGCAGCAUUGCUCUGAUUGGACCCUGGGUCAACGCCACCGAGCAGCUGCAAGGCAACUACUUUGGCACUGCGCCAUACCUCAUCAGCCCUCUCCAGGCUGCCAAGAAGGCCGGCUACGAGGUCAACUACGAGCUCGGAACAGGCAUCAACAACCAGACCACCGCCGGUUUUGCCAAGGCUAUUGCUGCCGCCAAGAAGUCCGAUGCCAUCAUCUUUAUUGGAGGCAUUGACAACACCAUCGAGCAAGAGGGUGCUGAUCGUACCGACAUUGCUUGGCCCGGCAACCAGCUUGACCUGAUCAAGCAGCUCAGUGAAGUUGGCAAGCCUCUCGUCGUUCUUCAAAUGGGCGGUGGUCAGGUCGACUCAUCCUCCAUCAAGAGCAACAAAAAGGUCAACUCGCUCGUCUGGGGUGGAUAUCCCGGCCAGUCAGGAGGCUAUGCCCUCUUCGAUAUCUUGUCAGGCAAGCGUGCACCUGCUGGUCGUCUGGUCUCGACCCAGUACCCGGCCGAGUACGUCCACCAGUUUGCUCAAAACGACAUGAACCUUCGUCCCGAUGGAAAGAAGAACCCCGGACAGACCUACAUCUGGUACACCGGCAAGCCCGUCUACCAAUUUGGCGAUGGUCUCUUCUACACCACCUUCAAGGAGACUCUGGGCAAGCAAUCGACCCUCAAGUUCAAUGCUUCACAAAUCCUUGGCGCUGGUCACCCCGGAUACACUUACAGUGAGCAGACCCCGGUCUUUACCUUUACCGCCAACAUUCAGAACUCUGGCAAGACGGCCUCCCCUUACUCUGCCAUGGCGUUUGUCCGCACCAGCAACGCCGGUCCCAAGCCGUACCCGAACAAGUGGCUCGUUGGAUUCGACAGACUCGCCACCAUCAAGCCCGGCCACUCCUCCACGCUCAGCAUCCCCAUUCCUCUCAACGCCCUUUCCCGAGUCGACUCCAAUGGAAACAAGAUUGUCUACCCAGGCAAGUAUGAGCUUGUUUUGAACACAGACGAGUCUGUCAAGCUGGAGUUUGAGCUUGUAGGCGACGAGGUGACGCUCGAGAACUGGCCUCUUGAGGAGCAGCAGAUUAAGGCUUCUGCAUAA